AAUUUUCUUCGAGGCCAACGUUGGGCUUCUCCGGAAGCUAACCCUAACGCCACAAGUACAUCACGCCUGCCACGUCACGAAACACAAACCACAAUGCCAUCGACACCGAGACGAAGCGGUGGUGGAGGAGGAGGGUUUUCGGAAGAGACCUUCUUUCCCAAGAAGGUUAUCGAGCUGGUCACUAUGGAGCCGAGCUCGAGUCGCCGGAACCGUCACAACAGUCACCACGCUCAUCAUCAUCAACCGGCAUCGUCGUCUAUGGUACCGUCUUCGGGACGCCAGUUUGACGACGAGGACGACAGUUGUUCGGGGGACAGCUCGGAGGGACUGUCCAUCGAUCCUCUCGACGACAACCCGGGCAUCCAGGCGGCCGUGAGCAAAGUGCUGCAGAGCUACGACUGGUCGCUCGUGGCCAAGACGACUCGUCAGACCACGUCGGAGAAGAAGCGAAUGCACGUCAAGCGACCUAUGAACGCUUUCAUGGUGUGGGCCCAGGCUGCUCGGAGGAAGCUGGCCGACCAGUACCCACACCUACACAACGCCGAACUCAGCAAGACCCUCGGCAAACUGUGGAGGGUCCUUGGAGAUGACGAGAAGCGACCCUUCAUGGAGGAGGCUGAACGACUACGAUGCAAGCACAAGAAGGACCACCCGGACUACAAGUACCAGCCGCGCCGCAGGAAACCGCUGAAGGGUUUCGAACCGCCGACCCCGCAACCGCCGCAGCAACAGCAGCAGGGACAGGCGAGGUCUAAGGGACGAUCCUCUUCAGCUUCGCAGGCGUCGUCAAGGUGA